UUGGCAGUCAAUAAAACUGCGGCAGUUAGGCGUUUGCGGCGAGCAACAUGGCGGCCUCCAUGCUUGGUUGUUUGCUGCGGACCGUCCGGCAGCAGAUGGUUCCUCCAUCAGCUUCUGGCCAAGUUCGAGGUUAUUAUGUAGACUGGAAAAUGCUGCGUGAUGUGAAGAGACGAAAAAUGGCCUAUGAAUAUGCAGAUGAGAGGCUGCGAAUCAAUUCCCUCAGGAAGAAUACCAUUUUGCCGAAAGAUCUUCAGGAAGUAGCUGAUGGAGAGAUCGCUGCCCUUCCUCGGGAUAGCUGUCCUGUUAGAAUCCGAAAUCGGUGUGUUAUGACGUCCCGGCCACGUGGUGUGAAGCGGCGCUGGAGGCUUAGUCGUAUUGUCUUCCGUCACUUGGCAGACCACGGGCAGCUGUCGGGCGUCCAGCGGGCAAUGUGGUGACCAGCUCCGGACCCACUGGGCAGUUCUGGCAAGAAGAGACUUUUCUAACAGACAAAACCCUGUUCCUGUUCUCAUAGGGAUCCAGUAUAGGGGUCUAGUCUACCUGACGUUGCCUACGUCUAAAUUACUUUUUAAUUUUCAAUUAAGAAAUUCGGGUGUUUCAUUCUGUCCGCGAACUCUGUGAAUUCUCUUUUCUUUUGGACUUAAAAAUUAAACAUACUUUUUCAUGUAUACUACAAGGAGUAGAGUAAUAAAAAAUAUUCUGUGAAGAUA